AUGUCUUCAUCUCUAUUUUUCAUCCCCGACGAUCUCAUCAGUGAGGUCCUAUCCCUUCUUAAUGUAAAAUCUAUUCUUCGAUUCAGAUGUGUUAGCAAGUUUUGGGACACUCUCAUUACCGAUCCCAUCUUUGUGAAUUUGCAUCUCAAGAAAUCAGAAAAACUAAAUCCUCAUGUCAUUUUAACCAGCUGGCAUACCAAAACAAUCACACCCUAUGGCAGUGACCAUGAUGGUGAGUAUACAGGUGAGUCACCCUAUGGCAGUGACGAUGAUGGUGAGUAUACAGGCGAGUCACCCUAUGGCAGUGACAAUGAUGUCCACGGUGUCAUUCCCCAUUCCAUAAGCAGUAUACUAGAGAACCCUUGGUUCACUCUUUAUGUCGACUCUGACUACUUGGUGGAAGACAAAGGUUGCUCUAGUAUGGUUGGUUCUUGCAAUGGAUUGAUCUGUUUGGAUGGUCUUACAGGCACCCGUGAAUAUUAUGAGUAUUGGUUCCGAUUAUGGAACCCAGCCACCAGGACAACAUCUCCAAAAUUUGGGUUCUUACGUUUAUUUCACAAUCGUCCCCACUACACUUCCUCCUAUUCUGAUGAUGGCUUUUACAAAUUCACCUUUGGUUGUGAUGAUUCUACGGGCACUUAUAAGCUAGUGGCAUCACGUCACAAUUAUAGUGAAUUGAGAAGUAAUGUAAGAAUUUUAAGUUUGGGUGAUAAUGUUUGGAGGGAAAUUCAAAGUUUCCCCGUUGAUCCUUUGUGUUUGCGCUUAAGAGGUGAAACUGGCGUGUCUUUCAAAAGCACUAUUAACUGGUUGGCUGUUCAUAAUACAGUUUGGUAUAUCGGUGAUGAUUAUAAGGAUAUUACUAUUGAUCAAUUUUUAAUUGUUUCGCUUGAUUUGAGUACAGAGACUUACAAUCAGUACUUAUUGCCUCCUGAUUUUGAUCAAGUUCCACCUCAACCUCCAAUUAUUGGUGUGCUGGGAGACCGUCUUUUUUUUUCUUCUCGUUAUAAUGAAACUGAUUUUAUAAUAUGGCAGAUGGAGAAAUUUGGGGUUGAAGAUUCCUGGACUCAAUUUCUUAAAAUUAGUUGUCACUCUCUUCAAAUUGAUUAUGAUUAUAGUGAACAUAUGAAGCAUUUUUUUGAAUUGAUUCCACUAUUUCUUUCUAAGGAUGGUGAUACACUGAUACUUAAGUGCACUCAAGAAGACCAAGAAAUUCUCUAUAAUUGGAGAAAUAAUACAGUAGUGCGAACAAAUAUUACUGCAACUACAACAACUACUGAUGAUGAAACUUCGAAUUCUGCCUCAUACUCUGCCAAUGGCUAUUUUGAAAGCUUGGUUUCAGUUUUUGGAGUAAUUAAAAGGACCGCCAACAACUAAUACAUUUUGGGAAUUCAGAGGUUUGAGGAACAACAGCUAAGUCAAUGGUGGGGAGAAAGAAUUCAGCGGAACAUGGUUUGAGUUAGUUAGGAUUUUUAAAGUGAAACUUUUCAAGUUCAAGGUAAUAUAUAUGGCUGCAAGAUUAGACCUUUUGUCAUGGAGAUGUUAAUUCAUCGCUACUUCAAAGUGGAAUUUCCCAGGCUAGUGGUUUCAAUCGAUCUCAUGAUUUUCGCCUCCCUGAAGACGAUAACUUGAUUUCUACUGGAGACCCUCUAUAAACCUUUUUUAUCUGUUGGAAAUUCAGUGAUGGCAGAUUUGUCUCAAGACUCACCUGCUGAGAAUACUAGAAAACUUGCCGCUCUGAAUUCUGCAUUUAGAGUGUUAGGAAGAGACCCAAUAGAAUUAAAAAAAGAUCCAUUUGGCUGAAGGUGUUUGUUGAAACUCAGGAAGUUUUAUUUUAUUAAGGAUCACUUAUUUAAGUCUUUUAAUGUUAUUUGUUUUAGUUA